CGAAAGUCAAGUAAAUCCCUUAUCCUGUACAGCCUGUAAGGAGUCUAGGAGAGAGGUUCCUUUGACGAGGGUGGCGAGUGGCUUCGAGCUUGACCUAGACGGACGGACGGUGACUCAGGGUGUUCAACAAUUCACGAACACUGACGGCUAAGUAUUGACAAGGAGAGCGCCAGGGAACACUGGACAAGAAUGAAGCAUGAGAAAUACGAACUUGAGGAUCUAUGUUCCUCUUUCCAUGUUUCAGAAGGCUUUGGAACUCAAUCAGAAGGCUUUGGAACUCAAUCAACCCUUCAGGCGAAUGUCAUGACUGAUACACCUUAUACACAAGUCACAGAGCCACAAGGCGUCAACUUUUCACCAAGCGAAGCACCUUGUAUGCCUGACUGGUUUCUACGAGCGGGACCUUACGAAGUUCAUCCGAUGAGGAACUGGAAGUCGACAGGAGGGUACAACGCUACUGCAUCAAGUCAAAACUUUGACGACCUCGUGUGGGUAGCUCCAGAGGGGACUCUCCAAUGUCCAACUGGAGCAAGCACCAGCGGAUUCACAUAUGCCGAAUACCAAUCAAAACGAGGGGCUUGUCUGUCAUGUAGGACAUCGAAAGCUAAAUGCUCGUUCUCCCAAGGUACCAAAGUGUGUGAGCGAUGCAAUACGAGGAACAUCUCAUGUACUCCCGUGCAACCGCAAAAGCGGGGUCGACCCAAGAAGAAGCUAGCUUCAGGGGUGGUGUUGGCUCCUAAACCCGGUCCAGGUGAAGUCUUGCCAGAUUCCUGUGCCCGGCAUGGGGAGAGCCCGGAGACUGGUGAUUCUUUCUGCGAAAGCAUGUUCAGCAUGGCUGGGUCCGAGACGUUGGACAAUCCAGAUUUUGAUUUUCAAAGGUUCCGUGACCUUCUCAAUGACGAGCUGUCUCUCAUGCGUGAGGAGGAACCGAUCUCAGUGUAUCAAUCUGAUCCAAGUCUCGAUAGUGGGUACCAGCCCCAAAAUUGGUGAAUCAUGUGAGAAA